UAUGGAUGGAGACCAGAUAUUCAGAUCUGGAGUGCCGGCACAGGUAGAAAGUGAAAUCACUUCAGCAAACACAGAUGAUGAUGACGAGGAGGAGGAUGACGACGAUGAGGAAGAAGAAAACGUGGAUGAUGAGACCCCUAGGCUCUCCAAGGAGAGAGUGAGAGCUUCACUGUCUGACUUGUCAAGCCUCGAUGAUGUGGAAGGGAUGAGCGUGCGCCAGCUGAAGGAAAUCCUGGCUCGGAAUUUUGUCAACUUUUCUGGCUGUUGUGAAAAAUGGGAACUGGUAGAGAGAGUAAACCGGUUAUACAAAGAGAAUAAAGAAAAUCAAAAGUCCCAUGGCGAGCGGCUGCAGCUGCAAGAUGAGGAAGACGUCAGCCUGUGUGGCAUCUGCAUGGAUGCCGUCAUCGACUGUGUCCUGCCGGAGUGCGGGCACGUGGUUACCUGCACCGAGUGCGGCAAGCGCGUGAGUGAGUGUCCCAUCUGCCGGCAGUAUGUGGUGCUAGCCGUGCAUGUGUUCAAGUCCUAAAACGGAGGCUCCCCUCAACAGGACAGUCACCCCAAACUUGACCCCAAACAUUUCUAUUUACAGAAGGGACUAGAAAGUUACUGUUCAAAGGCUGAAGCUAUUUUUAAAAAUUAUUUUCACUACUAAGUGGGGACAGAAAGAUCCAUGCUGAGUUGUGGAAACCUUGGUCCAUGCCAUGAGCCUGUCUGCCUGUGGACACAUGAGCUUCCCGGGCUCAGCUGGGCUUUAUCACCCAUCCCUUGAACACUCAUUGAAGUCAGCCUGCUUGUGCCAUGUGGGCAACAG